GGCGAGGCAAAAAAAGGAACAAACAUGACCAGAGGUUGGGAGUCACAGCCAUGAGGAUUUGUGACGUGGUUUACAGUAUUGGGGUCGGAAAAUAAGGGCAGAAAACGCAAGCACUAAAAGAUCAUGCAAGAGCAAAUCCAGCUUCAUGUGCCUGGGCGAUGUUAGGCUGCUGUCCAAGAAGACAAGCGUGAUAGGAUCCUUGAUUUUGAUCGUGCCUUAAAAUGUUUUUUACACAUCUGAAGGAAUGACCAUUUGGCGCACAAGGCAGCUCAAGGAAACUUUUUGAUAUUUAUCUACGUCUUUGUCAGUGACACCUCGUCUUUCACUGUGAAUCCUCUGUUGGAAUUCUUAUUUUGACCGUCUCAUUUGGUGUAUUGGUGGUCAAUAUCUGGCAACUGAAACAUGGCACUUUUUGUGAGCGGUCUGAGUAAAGGAGAGCCUGACAGAGGGAUGGCUCAGUUCCAGGAAAUGAUGCGGCAGCAGCUGGAGAGCUCCAUGCACUCAGAGCUGGAGAAACUUCUGGACACCACAACAGGCGCAGAGAGAGAGGUGUCCAGGAAAGACUUUGAGGGGUUCAAGAACCUGUUCCACAGAUUUCUGCAAGUGAAAGGGCCUUCAGUAGAGUGGACAAAGAUACAAAGACCUCCAGAGGACUCGAUCCAGCCCUAUGAUAAGAUUGCGGCCAGAGGUCUGCCGGACAACGUCGCUGACUGCCUCAACAAACUAGUGGUGGUGAAGCUGAACGGAGGCCUGGGGACCAGCAUGGGAUGUAAGGGCCCCAAGAGCCUGAUCAGCGUCCGCAACGAGAACACCUUCUUGGACCUCACUGUGCAGCAGAUAGAGCACCUGAACAAGACGUACAACACCGACGUGCCCCUGGUCCUCAUGAACUCUUUCAACACAGAUGAAGACACAAAGAAGAUCCUGCAGAAGUACACACACCACCGUGUCAAGAUCCACACCUUUAACCAGAGCAGGUACCCUCGCGUCAACAAAGAGUCCCUUCUCCCUGUGUCCACCACCUUGAGCAUGAACGGGCAGAGCGCCGAAGGCUGGUAUCCUCCAGGGCACGGCGACAUCUACGCCAGCUUCUACAACUCGGGCCUGUUGGACCAGCUGAUCGCGCAGGGCAAAGAGUACAUCUUUGUGUCCAACAUCGACAACCUGGGAGCCACCGUGGACCUCCACAUCCUGCACCACCUGGUCAGCCAGCCCAAUGGCAAGCGCUGCGAGUUCAUCAUGGAGGUGACUGAUAAGACACGGGCAGACGUCAAGGGUGGCACGCUGAUCCAGUAUGACGGAAAACUGCGUCUGCUGGAGAUCGCGCAGGUCCCCAAGUCCCAUGUGGACGAAUUCAAAUCAGUUUCAAAGUUCAAGAUCUUCAACACCAACAACCUGUGGCUCUCGCUGCCCGCGAUCAAGAGGCUGCAGGAGCAGAAAGCGAUGGAUCUGGAGAUCAUAGUCAACCCCAAGACGCUUGAUGGAGGACUGAACGUUGUCCAGUUGGAGACGGCUGUCGGAGCGGCCAUCAAAUGCUUCGACAACGCCCUGGGCAUCAACGUACCUCGAAGCCGCUUCCUGCCCGUCAAGACCACAUCAGACCUGCUGCUGGUCAUGUCCAACCUGUACAGCCUGGACGCCGGCUCGCUCACAAUGAGCCCCAAGAGAGAGUUCCCAACAACGCCGCACGUCAAACUGGGCAGCUCCUUCACAAAUGUUCAGGAGUAUCUGACUCGCUUCGAGAGCAUCCCUGACAUGUUGGAGCUCGACCAUCUGACUGUGUCGGGAGACGUCACCUUGGGGAAAAACGUUUCCGUCAAGGGCACUGUCAUUAUCAUCGCCAACCACGGAGAUCGGAUUGAUAUUCCAGCCGGCUCCAUGCUGGAAAACAAAAUCGUAUCCGGCAACCUCCGCAUCAUGGACCAUUAACGCCUUGAUAAAAACACCCUGCACGCACACAAACACACACACACACACACACACACACACACACACAAACAAACAUCCUCAUCAUGUCGCCCAUUUGGCUUUUUCCCUGUGAUCUGACCCGUUUUUCAUGUUUCCCCCCCGACAUCAACAGAUUGUGAGACCAAGUGUUUUCCCCUCAAGGCUUUGUGAUGUGUGAGUGCUUGUGCUCUUCCACUCUGCAGGGGAUGGGUGUAGCUGGGAUAUACUGCCCUCUACAGGCUGUUAAUUAUAUGAUAUCAACAUUUAAUAGUAUUAAUAAACUCAUAGCUGUGACUUUAAACAUUGACCUAAAACCAUAACCAGAUUUUAUUUUAUAUUCCUAUAUAGUAACUGUAGUGAUUUAGUUUCUUUGUCACAAAAGUACAGGCUGGAAAAGUACUCACACAAUGCACAGGGACACAGGAAGAAGAUUGUUCAACUUAUUGGGAGACUAAUGUGGCUACAGGUCAAAGAACAAUCCAGAUGAUUUUAUCCCCAUCCUCAUCUUCAGUGUGCGCUAAUGGAAUGUUUUUGCAAUCACAUACUGUAGUGUGCUUACUUAGAAAAGUAAAGGGAUGGUUUUUGUGAUGGAAGAGUUAAGAGCAUUUAUUUCCUGCACAAUAAUCACACAUUGUUCCACAAUCAGCUGUGACAGAAUAUGUUCAAAUGAAAGAAAUAAUGAAACAUUUGACUAUGAAUUUAUACCUGAGUCUGGAGCCUUUCUCAGCUCACGCUUCAUAAGUCUUACACAGAGAUAAUAUAUAACAGUAAGCCACCAUUUUUAAUGUUUAUUCUUUGAAAUGUUGGAUAAAGUUGAUGAGACGGCUUACUGGAGAGUUAGUGUGAGUAGUGGAUGUAGAGAUACAUUUGAUCACAUUUCUCUGAUACAAAUUCCAUGUUGGGUCAUAAAUAUGAGCGUCAGCUUCUCCUAAAAGUUGUUAUUGGAUGUAUUUUGAAUAAAAAAUAAUAGAGAAGCUUAAUGUUGCGAUGUCAACAACAGUAUUUCAUGAAUUCAUGGAACCAUUUAGACAUCAAGGCUACAAGUUUGUGCUAAGAAAUUAACUGUGAAAAUUCUUCCAGAGCAACUUUUACUUCCACAUAAAAAGGCGUAGAACGAACCUCCACUGGAAGUUAUUUAUGACUUCAGUAUCCCAAUCGUUUGUGCCAUAGAGGAGAAACUAAAACGCAUACCUAUGUUCUCCCUGAAUCGCCUCUGUCUCCGCCUGAUGACCUUGGUGUGAUAUUUCUGUAUGACGACUUUAAGUAUCCAGACAUGACCCCAAUGCCAUGAACUCACAUGUAAUGAUUGAUCUAAUAUCAUUUUAGAGUGCAGACCUUUAGAUGAAUCAAAAAGGCUUUUUUGAUGAAAACUAUCAACAAUGUUUUGUAUUAUUUUUGCUCACAUCGUGACCUUAACGUUGUGUGAAACCUCAUGCCUCCAUUACUGUGUCAAACCAGCUGUCUUCUCUGUUCAUCCCAUCAUUCAGGGUUGUCCCUUCACACACUUCACAACAGAUUCAGACGGUAGACAUUUUUAAAACAUGUACGCAAAGUUUAGAUGUGAGAAUACUUGAGAUGGGUUCAAUGUGUGGACUGAAAGCAAUAAGUGUUGAUCUGUGACGGUGAUGAGGUCUCAGCCCAGCCCUCCUCUGCCUCCUCAGAGCAGAAUAAAGUGCAAUAUGAUAUUA